UCACAAAACCUCGCUCGCUGGUCUGUGCGCAAUUCGAUCACAUCGAUCCUUAAUGGGAACCGAUUCUUCUAUUAUUUCUAGGGUUUUGGUUUUCACUCUCUGAUUAUAUUCCCUUUCCACGAUUACGUAAUCUCCGAUUCCGAUCGUAUAUUUUCAGUAUAUCUCUCUCGUAUACCUAUCUUUUCCGUUUAUGAAAUCGGCAGAGCAUUGUGUCUCUUCGCGGGUUAAUCCCUGUGAUGGCGUUGAUGAGGAAGAGGAAAGGAAGUGAAACUGAUACAUGUUUGAAUCAAUCUGGGGUUUUGUCAUCAUAUCCUCGCAAUUCUGGAUCGGAUUUGUCAGUUGUUAGGUCCCAUUUUUCAUUGGAAGAUUAUGCAAGGUUGAGGAAGAAGUGCAAAGAAGAUGUGGGUAAAGUUGAACCUGUUGGUUCGUGUAAAAGUCGACUCACUGGUGCUGCCACCGUGCCUCCAUGUGGGAUCUCGUCAUUGGUUCCAUCUGGAAGAGGUCUUAAGAGGAAGAUAGGGUGCAUUGAUGUGGCUACACAAAUGGGUAGGAAGAACAAAAUUGAGAAUGACUAUGCUUUGGGUGAAACAAUUGGUCAGGGUAAAUUCGGGUCAGUUUGGUUGUGCAGGAGUAGGAUUAGUGGAGUUGAAUUUGCAUGUAAGACCCUGAAGAAGGGAGAGGAAACGGUUCAUCGGGAAGUAGAAAUAAUGCAGCAUUUAUCUGGCCAUGCUGGUAUUGUGACAUUGCGGGCAGUGUACGAGGAUCCUGAAUGCUUUCAUCUUGUGAUGGAAUUGUGCUCUGGGGGGCGAUUGGUGGAUCAGAUGGUAGAAGAAGGGCAGUAUUCAGAGCACCGGGCUGCUAAUAUAUUAAGGGAAUUGAUCUUGGUGAUCAAGUAUUGUCAUGAUAUGGGGGUUGUACACAGAGACAUAAAGCCCGAGAAUAUUCUUCUUACAGCUGCAGGAAAGUUGAAACUUGCUGAUUUUGGCUUAGCCAUGAGGGUCGCAAAGGGUCAAAGCUUGUCUGGUUUGGCUGGAAGUCCUGCAUAUGUUGCUCCAGAAGUUUUAUUAGGGAAUUAUUCAGAGAAAGUUGAUAUCUGGAGUGCUGGUGUCCUCCUACAUGCUCUCUUGGUUGGUAUGCUCCCUUUCCGAGGUGAUUCAUUACAAGCGGUCUUUGAGGCCAUCAAGAAUGUAAAGCUUGAUUUCCACACGGGAAUAUGGGAGUCAAUAUCUAAACCUGCACGUGAUCUGAUUGAGCGAAUGCUCACAAGGGAUGUUUCUGCAAGGAUAACAGCAGAAGAAGUACUAAGACAUCCAUGGAUUUUGUUCUUCACUGAGCGUACAUUAAAUACACUGUCCAUCAAGUCCAAAGUGAAGAGCCAACAGGUUGCAUCUGAGCUGUCAGAUAGACGUAGGAUACGAGGUGGCCCUUUAGGUGAUGCUUUGGGUCCAGUUUCUUUUUCUGGAAGUUCAAGUUGUAAGUCAGAAGACCAGGAUGACGCUGGCUUAGUUGAUGCACUGGCAGUGGCAAUUUCACAUGUGAGGAUCUCCAAACCAAAGAGGAGCAGACUCUGUGAGCCAGCCUGCCCAGUACAGCAGCAGUGUUCUUCUAACAUGAAGGCUAACAAUCUAUGUAAAGCAUUUUGAUCCUUCAACGGCACCAGCUGACGGACUGACACCACUGAUAUCAUAUCUCCACGGUUUUUUUCAGUUGGGGAUCCGAAGUUGACCUGUCAUGAUGCAAUUUUAAUGGUUGAAGUGAAUGACCACGAGCUGACAUAUAACUGAAACAAAGUGGUAACUCGGGCUUGCAAACCUUGGAAUUUAGACUCAAUUGUUUGAUUUUUAAGUUUGCUGCGUUUAGCUUAACAAUAACCAUAACCUGAUCAAUGGGUGGUUCAUGUACAAAUUUGUAAAUAAUAUGAAUGAGGGUUUGCGUUGACUUGUCCAA